GCUGGAUUCCAGGCAGCUGGAAAAUUGAGAUCCUGGAUCCAAUUCUAAUAGGCUGGAAAAUGAAAUUCCCUUAAUUCUCACCUAUUUUGUGGAUUCAGUGAUGCCAGGGAGCUCUCCUAGAAGUGAAUGGGUUCCUGGAAAACGGAAUUCCCGAAUUCCGGCUCAGCCAGGGUAUCUCCCCAGCGCUCCUCCAUCCCUGCUUUUCCAGCCAUUCCCAUCGGGAUUCCCCUCCUUUGAGGGCUCCUUUUACCCCUUUAACCCUUUUCAAGCUCAGCAUUUCCUUUUCCUGCCCAAAAACCCCAAACCGGGAGCGGGAAGGGGCGUGGAGAAAAGUGGGAAUUUCCCUCAAGUGUCCCCGCCCGGAGCCGUUCCUGCACUCGGCGCUGCCGUGAGGGGAAGGAAAGGUGUCCUGAAGGGAACGGAGCCGUGAGGGGAAAGGGAAAGGCGCUUUGAGGGGCCGGUGGCGUGAAGGGAACGGAGCAGUGAGUGAGGGGAAGGAAAGGUGUUCUGAGGGGAAUGGAGCCGUGAAGGGGACGGUGCUGUGAGGGGAAAGGCUCCGUGAGAAGAAAAGCUCCGUGAAGGUUCGGCUCCGUGCGGGGUCCGUGCCGUGAGAGAAACGGCGCCCUGAGGGGAAGGGCGGCGAUGGCGCUUCCAAGGAUUGCCUGGAACCUCCCCGCGUUCUGCUGGCUGCUGGCCGUGCCCAUUCCCGCUUCCCUGGGCUGGGAAUGCCCGGAGCGCCAGUACCGCUUCCACGAGCGAUGCUGCAGCGACUGCGCCCCCGGGGAGAGGAUGCGGAGCCGCUGCACGGCCUCGGCGGACACCGUCUGCUCGCCCUGCCAGGACGGAUAUUUCAGCUCCCAGCACCACCAUGGCCUCUGCCACAGCUGCACUGUCUGCAACGCCUGGAAGGGCAGCGUGGAGGUGAAGCCCUGUGAGAAAACCUCGGACAGGAUCUGUGCCUGCCGGGCGGGAUUCCAGCCGGACAGGGGCACUCCUGGAAUUCCCCUGGGAAAGGAGUGUUCCCGAUGUCCUGCAGGGACUUUCUCCAGAGGAAAGAACGAGAACUGCCAGCCUUGGACCAACUGCAGCACUUUGGGGAAGAGCACGCUCCAGGCUGGCACGGGCACAGAGGAUGCCCAGUGCGGCACGGAAAUCCCGGGAAACAGGGCUCCCUUUCCCACGGAAAUCCCGGGAAACAGGGCUCCCUUUCCCACGGAAAUCCCGGGAAACAGGGCUCCCUUUCCCACGGACUUCCCGGGAAAAAGGGCUUCCUCUGCCACAGAAUUCCCAGAAAACAGGGAUCCCUUUCCCACGGAAUUCCCAGAAAACAGCUCCAGAGCUUCCAGCCCUAGGGAGAUCCCUGCAGUCUGUCGGGAUCCCAGCGUUCCCACGGAGCCUGGAUGGGGCUCUUUAUCCCUGCUCCUGCUGUGCCUGCUCCUGCUGCUGGUGAGUGGAAUUUCCAUCCUGCUCCUGAUCGUCCAGGCAGCACGGAAAAAAUCCCGGAAUGGGCCUGUCAGGAGCGGCCAGCACAGUGAGUUCCUUUUUCUGGGAUCAAAAUCUGGAAAAAACAAUCCAGAGAGUCCCUUUUCUGGGAUAAAAAUCCUGGAAAACUUAAUCCAGUGAGUUCCCUUUUUUAUAGGAUUAAAAAAAAAAAAAAAAAAAAUCAGGAAAAAAUUUAAUCCAGUGACUUCCCCUUUUUCUGGGAUAAAAAUCCUGGAAAAUUUGAUCCAGUGAGUUCCUUUUUCUGGAAUCAAAAUCCUGGAAAAAUUAAUCCAGAGAUUCCCUUUUUAUGGGAUAAAAAGCCUGCAAAAAAAUUAAUCCAAUGGCAAAACUGAGUUCUAAAAUCAGGAUCAAGUGGGAAGACAGAGUUUAAAGCCAGGUUUAAGUGACCAAGCUGAGCCUGAAGCUGGGAUUAAGUGGCAAAAUGGUAUUUAAAGCCAGGUUUUAGUGGCCAUGCUGAGCCUGAAAUUGGGAUUAAGUGGCAAAAUGGAGUUUAAAACCCGGUGUAAGUGACCAAGCUGAGCCUGAAGCCGGGAUCGAGUGGCCCUGGCUGGGUGGGCUCUCCCUGCUCUGGCAUUCCCGGGGUUCCCGCGGAGCCGCAGCCGGGCGCUGAGCCCGCGGGGAGGCCAAAGGCCGGGGGAGCCCGUUCCUUGAUUGUUCCCUGAUCCCGAACAAUUCCCUGUU